AUGACAAACUCUACACAGGUUUUCUACUUCGUCCUCAUUGCCUACUUUGACACGGGUGUGUUUAAAUAUGUCUGUGUCCUGGUUGUGCUGCUGCUGUACUCGCUGAUUCUGUGUUUUAACCUUCUCCUCAUCGUUCUGAUCUGUACGGACCGUGGCCUUCAGGAGCCCAUGUACCUCUUCCUCUGCAGCCUUUUUGCCAAUGAGCUGUACGGCAGCACAGCCUUGUUUCCCUUCCUAGUGCUCCAGAUUCUCUCUGACGUGCACACCAUCUCUCCUUCUUGGUGUUUCCUGCAGAUCUUCUGUUUGUAUUCUUAUGGGAAAGUUGAAUUUUAUUGUCUAACCGUCAUCUCCUUCGACAGAUAUCUUGCCAUCUGUUUCCCCCUGCACUAUAAUAGGCACAUGACGAUAACCAGAGCUGUCAUCUUAAUCGUGCUCAUCUGGGUGAUCUCGUUUGUGCUGAAUGCUUUUGCUUUCAUGCUGCUGGUUCCUCUGCAGCUGUGUGGAAACAUCAUGAACAAAGUGUACUGCGUCAGCACCUCCAUCACCAAACUGGCCUGCUCUGAAACACCCGUGGUCAACAUUUUCGGCCUUCUGGUCAGCAGCGUCUCCAUCUACCUUCCUUUUCUUGUCAUUGUUUACACCUACAUCCAGAUCUUUAGGGUCUGCUUCUCUGGAUCCAAACAGACCAGACAGAAGGUGUUCAGCACCUGCACGCCUCACCUUGCCUCGCUGAUCAACUUCUCCUUUGGGGUUUGCUUUGAAAUCUUAGGGGGCAGAUUUAACAUGAACACUGUGCCGAGUAUGCUGAGGAUCUUUUUAUCGUUAUACUUCCUCACAUGCCCGCCGCUCCUCAACCCUCUGAUGUACGGUCUGAACCUAUCAAAAAUACGUCUGAAGUGUAAAAGUCUGAUGUCAAAGUGA